GAAAGUGUGCUAUUUGCGACAAGCCCUCUCUGGUUACGAGAAAACAAACUUUGGCCUGGUCAAUCGACUAAUUUCCUCGACCGUCUCAACACAAUGGUAACGGACCGCAAAAGGCCGACUAAAAAACGUUAGAGAUAGUCACCAAACACUUAAUGAGAUUCCAACAGAUUCCGAAAAGUGCAACAGCCCCAGAAGACCAGACCCGUCGGGACAGAGACGACCGCCGUUUAAGGUGACAGCUUGAUUAAAAUUUCGUACAUUUUUCAGCCGCACACUAAAAAGUGAGAGUCGCGUCUGCCUCGAAGACGCUCUCAGAGAAAUUAUAACAGAGCUUGAGCUUGAGCCGGAGACGGAGAUGGAGACGGAGACUUAACCACGAGUAUGCAUAAAAAUACUGGUUUUUGCUCUUGCCUUAAAAGAUACAUAUGGUAUGGUGUGUGAGCGAAUGCGAAUGGUCGAGGCGUGGAUACCCUGAAAGGCGAGACGUACACAGCGUGCACUCUUUUAACCGCCGUUAAGAUGUGUCCCCCUUGGCAGUGUAUAAACAAGAAACUGUCGCCCCAAAAGAGUCUUUAGCCAAGGCGGUAUCGCCAUCGGCUGGGGCCCGUCUCUGACUAUUGGAUCUGUCGAUAGCCAGCGCUCGAUGGUCCGCUCGGAGCUUGGCAUGCGCAGGCGCUACCGUUUUCUUGGCCAGUUGUAUUUUGGCUAUUAGCACGUACGGAGCUGCGCCCGCGCCUUGAGUCCGAAUCGAAGACCGAGCCAAGUGUGAAAAGCAUAUAAACGCAAUAUAGAAACUAAAAGUUAAUUGAAGUUGGUGUUUAACACACUUUCGUCGGUUGUUUUGCACGAGAGCGAAAGUUGCGUGCCCCCAGUGGAGUGGAGUACACCCAAAAGAACCCAAAAAAAAACCAGCUAUAAAACACGAGAGACAAUACGGAAAGACAAAAGCGGGUCAGCAGUAACCUUCAAUUCGAUUCCGAUUCCGAUUCCGUUUCCUGAUCUCAAGAUGCCUGCCGCCAGCUCCCAUCCCCGCUUGUUCUUCUACCUGCUGUGCGCCGCCUCGCUCUUCGCCGUCUCCAAAUCGGACACCGGUAGUACAAAGAACUCCUAUUUCACGUCCUAUUUCUACUAUCUAGCCAUUAACUUUAUUAAUCCGUUUGCAAUGCCGAUAUUCUAUCGCUUUGUAAAUGUUUUGCCGCUGCAGGCCCCGGCCGACGAUCUAGCCUACGACGCUGCUCUACAAUUGGGCCUACUCAACCACCGUCUCAACCUGCUCGCCCACGAAGAGGAGUCGCGGCAACUCAGUUUGCCGAAUAUAACGCUGAACAAUCUCGUGAAUCGCAUACCCUGUAGCUGUGACACUGGACUGUGCAAAUGCUGUGCGGGUUUCCUCGCGGUGAUCGGCAUGAACAGCUGCACGGAAGUGGCCUACCGUCCGGAUGAGUUCUCCUUUGAGCUGCGCAUGCGCGUUAACAACAACAUUUGGUUCCGUCGAAAGGUUUCCGGACAGAAUCCGCCGCCGUUCUGCUUCAGGCCGCCACGGUUCAACUUUGCCCGGGCCUGCAUACAGUUCCAUGACAUUUGGUUUGUGGGCCGCAACAUGCACGUCUGCAUGUACAUGUCCGGCGAGUUCCAGGGCUUCGAAUUGUUCGAGAGGAACUUUGAUUGUCUUCUGUUCGGCGAUCACGGCGUCAAGAUCGUCCCGCCAGAGCAGAGCUAUCCCUCGAGACCCAACGGGGUGGACAUCGACGAGGGAGAUGACGAGAUUGAAGACUACGAUGAGAACGUUGUCCGCAGCUUAGCGGAAAAGAUGAUGGGCUGACCAGCGCGCCCCGACUAAAUGUCUUUUUUUUUAUUUAUUUACACAAAUUCCCACACUAGCAACUAAUAAAAUAGAACUGCAAAAGACCCUCAAG